AUGGCUGACGAGAAGUUUGAAAAAUGGUGUCCAGGCAGCAUCACAGUCGAGGAGUUUGCCAAGGUCAUGUCCCAGAGCCCUGGUCAACCCCCGUCCGAGGAGGAAGUCAAGAAGAUCAUUCAAGAGGUAGAUCUCGACGGCGACGGCACCAUCAACUUUAAUGAGUUCAUUACAAUGAUGACCGGCCAGCCUUACCCACCUGCAGACGCCGCGGCCACAACAACUGCUGCGCCGACCGUGGAGGUCGAUGAUGCCGACGCAGAGGACGACAUUGUGAGCGGGUACCAAUGA